AUGGCGGACCUCAGAAAAGAGAUGUCGCUAAAGGCCUCGGCCAGGGUCUUAUUAGAGAGAAUUGCGGAGUUCGACGAGGCGAUCGCGCGACUGGUCGACAAAGAAACAGAACCGUGGGUGUCAUAUAUGAAGUACAAACUCGAAGGUGCAAAGAACAGACUUGAGUUACGUAAAGCAGAGCUUCCGAAAGAAGACUACGAGACCACCGCGAAGGAGUUCUACACUCAACGUCUUUCCAAAUACGAAGAACCACUCGUCAUCGAGAUCACCGACUUAGUACAGAUUGCUUCGACAGAGACAAAAGCUUGGACAGACGCUGCCGACUCUUCGCGUACUCUCCGACAGCUGAACGAUUCACUGAAACAAUACAAACUUGAACUUCAAGAGAAAGAUCGAACGCAGGUGGUCUCGCAGGAAUCCGGACAAGUGGCAGUUGAUGACAUUGCCGUACGGAAGCUAAAAUCGGACGUCGAGGCCUACACCGACAAGGUCAAGGAGUACUACAUGAACAAUCAGACGCUCUGUAGCACAGCGCACAAGGCAACAGUUACAAUGAAUCUUGCCGUAAAAAGCGAUCUCAACAUACCCGGUGUCGGAAAAUAUAUUCCCAUCCCCGCACCCGUCACAAUUACGACAGCUCAAGUCAAGGUCGCGGACUUGGCCUGUAGCUUGGAAGCCGCCGGAAAGGAUGUCACAGUGGAUGAAGCUUCCGGAGCGAUUUUCCCCAGGCCCAAAAGCGUGACAGCUAUAGUCACAGUAGACCAACAGCUGUCAAAGAUCCAGUUAUGUUCACCCCAGAAGCAUUACACUGACGUCCAACGGAUGAGGCGGCGUGAUUUCAAGGUUGGCGACAUAGGCUGGUUCCCCGUCUUGCGUCCUUCUUUAGCAGAGUCUCCGUCAGAUAUCCAUACUCAGUACGGUUACAUUUGCGCAAAGUCGUAUCCACUGAUCAUAGUGGAAAUGUUUCAAGACUGUAUGUUGGGCCUGAUCAUCUCGACGGCAAACAGAACUGGCCUGAACAACAAGGAUCGUUCUAUCGUAAAUCGCAGCGUCCCAAUCAUCACCUACAUGUCUCCAAACCCCACAUCGUCGGAUUGGGGCCACAGCCUGUACCCAAGACAACGGCUUCGCGCUAACCGUUCUGGUCGUUACCAACCACCUAACAAUGCUUACGUCGACUUGCUCAAUGCAAUUAUAAUACCUUAUAAUACAAGGUUUUAA